GGUGCUUAUCGGUCGAGAUAUGCUUUUUCGCUCUUUCCGUAACGUGAGAGGGAGGGAGAAAGAGCGAGAAAGGGAACGUGCGAGUGCACCGCGUUGUGCCGUGAAGAAAAGAGGAAACGUGCUGCUCGACGUGAGCAAGAACCUCUCUCGGCCGCGUUUAUUCUUAAGACACAACUAGCAAGCGGAGGGCGUUCACGCUCACCCUCGUGUAUAUGGCUUCAGUUGAGGAGCUGGAUCAUCAGGUCGACAGCGGCAUGGGCAGCAGCGACGCACGCUCCCCCGAGGUGAAGUCGCUCCUCCCCGACGACGAGGAUGACGACGAGGAGGAUGAGAGUUUAACAGAAAGAUUAUUAGGACUUACUGAAAUGUUUCCUGAACCGGUACGCAACUUUGGAUACAAUAUUGGAACCUGCCUAUGCACAUGUAUCAAAGGUCUAUAUGCGUAUUCGUGUUCAGCUACAUGGCUGGUCUUCAGUUCAUCUACUAUCCUCUUCGCACCGAUCAUUUUUGAAAUGGAGCGUGCACAAAUGGAAGAUAUGCAGCGUACGCAGCAAAAGCAAGUCCUCUUAGGCCCUAACACAGCUCUGUCCGGUGUAAACACCUCGGGUCUUCCAAUGGCACCGCCCGUUCAGCGAUAGGCCGUUAACAUCACAAAUGUACACGUGCACGCAUACAAGGACACGUACAAAAAUGCCCAAUCAACCAAAUAAAAAUCACUCGAGUUUCCCGCUCAAUUAUUUACUAGUGCAAUUUCAUACAUCACGUGAGACUUCAUGCAAAUCGCAAAAAGAUGAUUUCUAUCUGACGGGAACUCUCGCGUGAAUCGAGCGCGCAUAAUUUAUCUAUUAACUGGAGUAACUCUUGCAAAGUUGCGACAUAAAAUUUUUGGAGUAAAUACAAGUUUAGAUCGCUCAAUGAAAAAUCAUUGAAUUGUAACAUUCGUCGGUCUAGUCCAUCCUCCUCUGCCUCUACACUUACACGUAUACACAUACAUAUGUCGUCGUUCCUUGUAAUUUUUACUAAAAAUCAAUACGUACUGUGGUAUCGCGUGGCAUUUUAUAAUCGAACGCGUUGCAGAAACGACGGUAAGAGCAUUUCGUUCAACGAAAAUGACCGUCAUUCUGUUCGCUUCGUGAAUAAAUGAUUGAGUGAAAAAUUGAGCAUGCAAUUAUUUGUUAUUAGUUAGUACAUAAAUCAUUACCGAUAACGCGGUGAUUGUGCCGCUUAUGUUAUUAUCUUUAAUAUGUCUCAUCUGUUAUAUUGUAAUUUCGAAAGAACAAAUAAAAGACAUAGAGUAGUGUCUUUAAUUCCGUCGUGACACGCCGUGCCAACCUUUCGUGUAACAUUUCUGUUAAAGGUAACAAAUAAAAGACACAACGACAGCCAUGU